AGGUGGUAAUAAAGGACUAUGGAACUUUUCCACCCCAGUAAUCAACAUAAUUGAAAGCUGCGAAACAACGGUUGAAAUGGAGUUUUUUCUCUCUUUUAUUGUGUUUGCUGUACUUCAGUCUCUGCCGGCUUCUGAAAGUCAAGAAUAUCCAAUCUGUCGAGCUAAUACUAGCCCGUAUCAGGGACCAAAGUUGCCCAGUCUGCCAUCUGCGUUUACCGCUCAUGUAGAAGCGACCAUUGUCAACAAAAACUAUUCGAUGUUACUGACGGAAUAUUACGACAAAGAAGCAAAUAAAGGAGCUGUUAAGCUGGUUAAGGAUGGGCGAAGUUCUUAUGCAAUUUACAACUACAAUUACAACGAAAUGAUGGCAAUUGACCUGAAAAACAAAACUUGCGCCAUGCAAGAAAUUAAAACGAUGCACGGACAUCCAUUCUUUGGCAGAAACAGCUCGAAAAUUGAAGGAAUUGCUGAUUUAUUUCGCUUUGGGGCUCAGUUUAAUGAAACUUAUCUUGGAAAUGCAACAAUCAGAGGGAUACCAUGUUUCCACUGGCAGGCAUGCAUCAACCACAAUCACCAUUCAUAUCUGAUUGACUAUUACUUUUCUGUUCCUGGUUGGUCAAUGCCAAAUAUGGCUAACAUGCGUGUUGUCAGGGCAACCAUCAAUGGUACAAGUAACAUAACUCGUUUACAAGGACACAUUGUAAACAAAACACAUUCAUUUUACCAUGUAUAUGAUUUCUUUGACUUUGUGGAUGGAAAGCCUUCACCAGAUGUUUUCCAGUUGCCAAGUGGUAUAUUCUGUAAAGGUAUGAAGGACAAAAAGCCAUUGCCAAUGAUGCCACCAGUGUUCAGCUUGGAAAUAGAGUUGGUUAACUAUUUUAAUAAAAGCAUUAUGCAUGUCAAGGAAUACUAUGAUCAUCACAGGAAACUCAUUAUGUUUCGGUACAAUGAUUAUCGUCACAAAAUKUUUGGAGAAUCACGUGUUAUCCAUGACUUUCACCAUGGUGUCAAGUAUAACAUAUCUGGCUAUGUUUGCAAAAAUGUUACCCGUCUUACAAAAAACAACACUCGUUGGGAUGGCAAAGAAACUAAAGAUCAUCAUUUGGAAUUAAUGAGUCCAUCAGAGAUGAUGUUCAGGGGMAAUAAGUCAGCCUUAGUUUACACAGGCACAGCUAGUGUCCGUGGAAUUGCUGCAGAUGUGUGGAUAAUGAAGAAGGAAUCAACAUACAGGAAGAUGCUAUUCACAACAGAAUUCUUUUUCUCGAAUCCAUUGUGGAACAUGAGAGCUGGUUCACUCAAGAAACAGUUUCAAGUAUUGUUAAAAACAAACACCUAUGGACCAAACAUGAAUCUUUUGUAUUCCAUGAAUGUACUGAACUUUGAUGGGGAAAAAGUCCCUCUGUACAUGUUCAGCGUUGGAGCUUGUUUCACUGGCCAAAGGAACUUUAUUUCUCUGAGAUUUGCAGGAGACUGGAAGAAGACAGUUUACAAGCAAGAAAUACCAUUCAGCCUUGCAGUGAGGAAUGCUAUUGUUCAGACUUGUAACAUCUCAGCUCUUAGAGUUGAYGACUUAAAGAAUGGAGAAGGAAGUGACAAUAUUAUUGUUUGGUUUACUCUCCUUGACAAACCUCCAAUCACUUCUCCURAUGCUCCACCGGAAAAUGACCUAAAACAAGCUGUAGAAGCUUUGAAAAAGAAAGUGAAGUCUGGUGAUUUCAAAGUGACCUGGAAAAGUCCUGAGCAUGGAAAGCCAAUGRCAGCAGUAGCUGACAAGAAUUACUUCUCCAACUCAAAGCCGAUAAUAAUUGAUCCUCCAAAUGAUAACAAGCGUGGAAAGAGUAAAGGUGUUCCUGCAGGAGCUGUAGCUGGAGUGGCUUUCAUCAUGGCAGCUAUUGGAAUUCUUAUUGGCUUAACCAUAGCUCAUUUCCUCAUGAAACGCAGAGGCUUAAGCCUGUUUCAAUAUCAAAGACAGGAGUGAUCUGUCAUAAAAUGUCAUUAUCUGCACCACCACAAAAAUAAUUAUUAUAAUACACACACAUACAUACAUUUAAUAUUGCUUUACACAGUGUGGUGAUGUUUUGAAAAUUAUGCACUUAUGCAACUUAUUUAUAAAAAUUGAAAAUGUUCUCAAUUUUUUAAUUUUAUACCAAGAUAAUGGUGUGCACUGCAAAAUUAAGGAAUUUGAUGCAUUGCCUGAAUUGAUAAAUAAUAUUUAAAAUAAGUAUUUAAUGUGACUGGAAUAACAAUAACAAGAUGCCUAAUGUUACCAUUUUAUAUGCACUUCCUUUUUAAUUGCCACAUCAAUUCCUGGAUUCUGGAUCUGUGCUGGCAAUUAUUUUUUCAUAAAGUAUUUAUAUUCAAAUAUUUAUUGGAUUUGAUAAAAUUUCACAAAUUGUUGUAUAGUUUAAAUUUCAUGUGGCUCCAGUCCUAGUCUUGAAAUGACAGCAAAUAAAGCACAUUUUGAACUUGA